AUGAAGGGUAAAAAUGCUGGGAAAAAGGUUCACCGAGCCUCAAGAAAAGAGCUAUUAAUGAAUUUGCAUCAGCCAAAACCUGUUGAUGUUCCGGGCCUUUAUGGCGGGCCCUGUGACGGUAAUAAAAGCGUGGAUCUGGGUCCAGUCGACAGGAAAUUCGGCGAUACCAUCCUCACGAGCUCGCUUCCCCCGGUCGAAGUCAACCCAUGGUCCCUAACUAUUAUCAAUCAAUGUGAGGGUCUGGACGCUCGACAUGACCACAUUAAAGCUGACACCGGCGUUCCAAUCUUCGACCUGACUACUGAACGGCUAUAUCCCAUCAGCCUUGGCUUUUCAUUAUGUGAAGUUAAGCUUCUAUGGCUCCGGGUUCUGUUCACCGACGAGGCCGCCUAUUAUUGUAAUAUCAGUCUGAUGCAGGCAUGCAACGAAAUAUACCUAGGAAAUGGCACCAGUAACACCAAAGCUUUGUACCACUUGUCCCAGUCACUCACCCAGAUCCAAAGGAGGCUCGCAAGCUGCGAUGCUCUCUCAGAUUCCACUAUGGGACUGGUUAUAUCUCUCAUCACGCAAGAGCAAAUCAGAGGUCAAGGUUCUGCUGCUGAAGUGCAUGCCAAGGGGCUGCGAAAGAUGGUGGAGCUGCGUGGAGGCCUCAGUGACCUCGAUGGGAACCUCACCCUCGUCCUGAAAGUGUGCAAAGCAGAUAUAAUGCUCUCUUUACAGUGCGGAAGACCGACAAUGUUCUUCCGAGACCAUAUGGCUGAAGUGUGGACGAAGCUUGCCUCGAGUGGACACCGUCUCCAUGGUGCUCCAGUCACACCCUGGAAUGAUUUGCAUCCAUAUCUUCAUGCCAUACUUUCAGACAUCAUGAACCUCUCUUAUCUACUGAACUGUGCUCCACGCCAGCCAAUCCUUGAUCUUUUGGGAUUCGAAGAGACAUUUGUUUCAAUUUGCUAUCGCCUACUGCGGUUUAUUCCAAUGCAGGACUCCGUCCGAGUCGACACUCAAACUGCGUGCCACCUUGGACUGCUCAUGUUUACUAUGGCUACAUUUUUCCAAAUCGGACAGAAGCGAAUCAUUGAGUUUAACAUACUGUCUCUACGUUUCCAGAAUUUCCUAACCAGUGACCGCUGCGAGGUCGCGGAUAGCAUGAUUCUUUGGCUCAUUACUUUACGUCUGAAAUACACCUACUGGCUCAAAAGCAAGGAAUUCGCAGCUGGAGCGAGCUUCGAGAGUAUCUUGGGGAAUUUCCGUGGAUACAUGCUCUACAUGACCAACCUGGCCUUACGCUAUGGAAUCAAGUGCAGCGCAGCCAUUAGACAUUGA